GCGAGGGGAGCUCCGGGCUCCCCCCGCCCGUGCUCAUUUCCUGGGUGGAGCUGGGCUAGGCAGAGGCAAAACCCUUUAAAACCCUCCAGCCCCAGCUCGCGGGAGCCAGCAGGUCCCAGCAAGCGCCGAGGAGCCAAGCGGGGAGCGGGUGGAAUCCGUCCGGCUGGCCUGGCCCCUGGCCAGCCCUGAGCCCUCCGGGCCGGAGGCCAGGCUGAGCCCCGGAGCGGCUCCGUCUCGCCCGAGGAGUGGGCCGGCGCGUGGCCCAUGGCCCUGGCCGGCGGCCGGCGACGUCGCUGGGGUUCCCUCCGGCCGCUGCGGGCCGGGAUCCCCGGGGGCAGGAGCUAGGCCGACUCGGGCAGGAAGCUGCUUGUCGCCGCAGGGGCCCCCCCCCCGCCCGCCAUGGGGCAGGCCAUGGGGCCGCUCUUCCUCUUCCUGCUGGCCCUGCUGCGGCUCUGGGCGAGCCAGGCCCUGUCCACCUGCAAGACCAUCGACAUGGAGCUGGUGAAGAGGAAGCGGAUCGAGGCGAUCCGCGGGCAGAUCCUGAGCAAGCUGCGGCUGGACAGCCCGCCCCAGGUGGAGGGGGGGGACGCCGCCCUGCUCCGCCUGCCCGAGGAGGUGAUGUCGCUCUACAACAGCACCCGCGACAUGGUGCGGGACAUGGCCCGCCAGCAGGAGGCGGCCAAGCCGCGCGAGAGCCCCCAGGACGAGUACUACGCCAAGGAGGUGCACAAGUUCUCCAUGCUGCCGGUGAAAGACG